AUGUCGCUUCGAGAGCCCUCACCGCAGUCAUCCGAGAGGACUCCACUCAUCUCUCGACCGGAGUAUGCGCCCUCCGACCGUCCAUCGUCUGUAUCAGACUCACUCGAUGCUACACAGACCAAGGGGCGAAAGAGAUGGCCCACUAUCGCAGCUCUGACCAUCCUGUGUGCUGCUGUGCUUGCAAUAUGCUUUGGUCUUGCCCUUCCCUCGGUCAUCGAAGAGUAUGCAAAGGAGGGCAUCGUUUUCGAAUCCACUAAGCUCUCUAUUGAUUCCUUCACUUCGUUCGGUGUUCGUGCGAGGAUACAGGGGGACCUGUACAUGGAUGCUUCAAGAGUCGAGCACAAAGCAACACGAGAUCUUGGGAGGUUUGGCACAUGGGUCGCCAGGGAAAUUAAAAGUGGAAAAUCGAAGGUAGAUGUCUUCCUACCGGACUACGACGAUAUCAAGCUGGGUUCUGCCACAAUUCCUCCCAUAAAGCUCAAUAUACGAAAUCACCAUCACAACAAGGUCGACUUCUUUGCAGAUCUUGAGCCCGGCGAUGUCGAUGGGAUUCGAAGAAUUGCGAGAGAUUUUCUCGACCGGAAAAUUAAAAGUUUGAAUGUCAAAGCGAUUGCACGAGUUUCGGUACGAAGUGGGCUCAUCAACGCGGGCAAACAGACUAUCACCCACUUCUUGCAACUUCAGGGAAAUGAUGUUCCAACAGUGCCUGCCUUUGACAUUCAGAAAUUGCAAUUCGCCGAACACGGAAUGCCAGGACAUCCAGAUGGCCUCAAAGCCAUGGCCGUGAUUUCAAUAGCCAACGCAUAUCCAGUGAACUUCGAUAUUCCUGGCCUGGCAUUUGAAGUGCUACUUCCCGAUUGCUCCAACGACUAUCUUGUUCUGGGGAGGGCCAAAACAAACGUCAUACACAUUACCCCCGAACAGAACAUUACCGCUGAAGUCACCGGCAUCGUCCAGCAAUUGCCAACAUCUCUCACUUCGGCUUGCCCAGGGUCCAGAAACUCUCCAUUGGAUAGCUUCGUUGCCGACUACCUAGGGGGACGACAGACCGUUAUCCACAUCCGUGGUGGUGACCAAGACGAAAGUACACCAGAAUGGAUUGGAAAUCUCUUGAAAGACACAAUCCUACCAUUCCCACUUCCAGAACAUCAGUUUGACAAUUUAAUCAAGAAUUUCUCCCUAGCAGAUACUCAUUUCUCGCUCCCCGAUCCCGGAACUGAAACAUAUCCCAAGAUUUCGGCUGUUGUCAAGGUCCUGGUUGGCCUCCCUGCUGAAAUGAAUGUCAACAUGGAUGUGGAUAGAGUUCGAGCAGAAGCCCAGGUUUUCUACAAAGGUGAUCUGCUGGGAAACCUCGAUUUGCAUAAAUGGCAAUCUGCAAAAGCAACCAAGUUCGAUCAGGAUUUGUUGGUAGAAUCGAUUGUCAAGAAUGCUCCACUUAUCAUCUCUGAUGACUCCGUCUUCACGAGCGUUGUUCAUGAACUGCUAUUUGGUGAUGGUGUCUCUCUUUCGGUCCAUGCCAAAGUGGACGUCAACACAAACACUGCGCUUGGGGAAUUUGUGGUGCGAAAUAUUCCCGCAAAGGGGGACAUAUUCAUCAAGCCUCUUCGAGGGGAGUUUAAGAUGCCGGAAAUCAAGGGUAUGGAAAUCGUCGAUACGUCCGAACAUGCAUUGACUCUACAGGCAAGGGUUAAUGUGACAAAUCCGACCGAGUAUUCCGCAUCCGUCCCCUACUGCAAUGUCAGCAUUCUCGUCAAUCACACUCGAGUUGGCUAUGCCUGGACAUCCGCGGAUAUCGUACCUGGUCCCAACGAGGUCACCAUAAGGACAUCCUGGGAGGUUGGAACUGUCGGUAGAGAGUGGUUAUCACAAUUUGUGUCUGGCUACAACACCUCCUUGACAGUGAAAACCCACGCCGGGUCCAUUCCGAAAUUUCCCGACGUUGGACUUGAAUUGACCAUACCAACUCCCAGACUGUUUGGCCAUUUCUUAAAGGAAACUACGAUGCACAUCUUGUCGUCAACGGCAACAUUCGUCCUAGUCUCCCCAUUCGCAUUGUUUAUCACCGAUAUUGCAGCUGCGGCAUAUUACAACGGCUCGGAGGUUGGUACUAUCAACUGGGAAUAUCCUUUCGCCAUCGAGGUGGGUGAAAAUGUCACACCCAAACUGCCAGUUGAAUGGGGCGGAAAUGCUCUCGGGACGAUCCGAGAUGCACUUGGUGGCACCCUGAAAGUGGACGCUGACGCAGAUGUCGGGGUGAGAAUCGGCCAAUGGCGGGAACGCCUCUGGUAUAAAGGAAAGGGCCUCGGUGCGAAGAUACGACUAUAG